GAGAGAGAGAGAGAGGGUGUGUAUGUGUGGUUUUCACAGCCUGGGGCUAUCAGUACAUCUGCCGUGCUCUUUGCCCUGACGCCUCCGAAAUCAUCCCCAGCAGGUGAGAGAGAGAGUGAAAAGGAAUAGAAGAAGGAGAAGAAAAGUGCAGCAUUCUCAGUGAUGAGGAGGUUUUUCAGGGCAAGCAGGGAUGAAGAUUACAGCCAGAUUCAGUACCUCACGGCGAAGUGUAACCGCCUGGCACACGAGAAAGCGUUGGAGAGAGAGUACGUGGCCUCUAGAGAGAGAGAGAGGGCUCUGCAGGUUGAGCUGGAGUCUCUGUCUGUACAGCUCCGUCAGAAAGAACACGCCUGCCAGGACCUGCGCAUCAGACAUGACCAGCUGCUCGACACGCUCAAACAGCAACGGGAGCUGGUCCAGUUUUUGGAGCAGCGAGUGGUCUCGGUGGCAGAGGAGAGCAUGAGGGAGGCAGCUCUGUUGACUUUUCAGCUGGAGCAGGUUAGCUCUGACCUGCAGCAGCUCCAAAACUCAGAGGCUCAGCUGCAGGGCCUGGUGGAUGAGCUGCACCAGGAGGCCCAGGACAGAGCCAAGAAAUCAGAGGGCCUGGACAAUGAGCUUCACAAGGAGGCCCAACUUAGUGGAAAGGAAAUUGAAGAUCUGAAAAGGCAGCUGGACAGCAAGUCCCAUGAAGUGGAGGAGCUGCAGAGGGCCAACGAGGCCUUGCAGCAGGAGCUGAGUGAGCAGCAAAGCGCCCACCAGAAGACGGUGGCGGAGCUGCAGCAGGAGAACACAGUGAGUGUGCAGAAACUCAGAGAGACAGCUGAGCAGUUCGAGUGGCUCUGUGAACAGCAGCGGAACUGGAUGUGCUGCGUCAAGAGGUUUAAGGAUUGUUUGUGUGAUGAGAAGGAGGCCCUGGUUCUGCAGGUGAAAAGGUUACAGGAAGAACUAGCAGAGCUCAAGAAGAACUCCAACUCUGAGGUGAUCAAUGUAGAAGACAGCACACCCCAACACUGUGACAGGUGGGAUGUGGAUGCGAUGGUGGAUCUGCAGGUGCAGGCAGACAGAUGGAAAGUUAGGUACACAGAACUCUUCAGCAAACUUGCUCCACAUCCGGGGCAGUGGAGUGAAGAUGGAUAUUUAAAACCACCAUGAAGUCCGGACACAGAAGCUCUGCACUAUUUCCAUAGCUCUCUCUUUUCUCUGGCUCAUGCUUUGUUCUGUG